CCCGAGCGCACAGUAGGAGCCGUGGCCUCUCGCGGAUGAUCGGUAGCACACCAUUUGACUCAAAACAAUACUAUAAGCUUUAACACACAGCGGGACAAUACACGUUUUUGUGGAGCCAAAUCGAUAUAUUUGUGGGUCGCCAUGAAGGCGUCGGAUGUAUUCCUCGUCGUUUGCUUCUUGUAUGGUCUGUGUUGUCUUGGAGGGGCUACCGAGGGGGAGAAUAACCUGAUGAAGCAGCUCUUUACGGGAUACAACCUUAAGGUGCGGCCAGCGGAGCGACCUGACCAGAAGGUGGUGGUUCGGGUGGGCAUGGUUCUAGCGUCAUUCGUUGCCUUGAACAUGAAAGAUGAGGAGAUGAACACCAUUGUCAUCAUGAACUUGGAGUGGACCGAUCAUCGAUUACGUUGGGAUCCCAAGGGCUAUGAUAAUAUCAAAGUGCUACGUGUAGCUUCCGGAAAAGUAUGGCUCCCUGAUGUUGUCCUCAUCAACAAUAAUGACGGAGUGUUUGAUGUUGCCCUCCAUGUCCACGUUCAGGUGUACAGUAACGGCAGAGUUACCUGGACACCUCCUGCUCUCUUCCGCAGCUCCUGUGGAGUAAAGGUGACCUAUUUUCCUUUUGACUGGCAAAACUGCACCAUGGUGUUCCACUCGUAUACGUACGACUCGUCCGAGGUAGACUUGCAGUAUGCGCUGGACGAAAGAGGCAAGGAAAUCAAAGAGAUCGUCUUCGACCACACCUUCAGUGAGAGCAGUGAGUGGUACAUCCGCCACACGCCGGCGCGUAAGAACGUGGGCAGGGACAACUACGAGGACAUAACCUUCUACCUGAUCAUCGAGCGCAAGCCCAUGUUCUACGUGGUCAACAUCGUCCUGCCGUGCAUCCUCAUCACCAUCAUCGCCAUCUUCAACUUCUACCUGCCACCCGAUGCAGGAGAGAAGAUGGGACUGUCCAUUAACGUGCUGCUGACCCUGACUGUGUUCCUGCUCCUACUGGCCGAUAAGGUCCCAGAGACGUCUCUAGGCGUGCCGAUCAUCGUCAACUACCUCAUGUUCACCAUGAUCCUCGUCACCGUCUCCGUCAUCCUCAGUGUGGUGGUGCUCAACCUCCAUCACCGCUCGCCCAACACACAUCAGAUGCCCAUGUGGGUGCGCAGGAUCUUCAUCCACCUGCUCCCUCCCUAUCUGGGCAUGCUACGGCCGAAAGUGGAGACCCCACUGUCGCUGGAGAAGCCGCCCAAAAAGGAAAUUUUCUCAUCCAUCAGCCACCACGCCGAUGAGUACUUUAUCCGCAAACCCACCAACGCUUCCAUCUUCCCCAAGCCCAACAGGUUCCAGUCAGAGGGCAUGUGCACUGACUUGAGGAAGUUCAUCGAUGGUCCGAGCCAUUACCUCACGCUGCCCCCCGACCUCAAGUCUGCCAUCAACGCCAUCACCUACAUCGCCGAACAGCUACAGGCAGAGAAGGACUACGGAGCGCUGAAGGAAGAUUGGCAGUACGUUGCCAUGGUAGUGGACCGCCUCUUCCUGUGGAUCUUUGUCGUUUUCACCACUGUGGGCACACUGGCCAUCUUUGCUGAUGCCAGUUUCAAUGCCACGCCCAGUGACCCCUUUGGUGGCCAAUGGAAUGCCUAGCUCCGCCUCUCUCCCUGCCCUUCAGCCAAUUCGUUCCUCAGCAAUAUGUCAGAAGUUCCGCCCCAAAAGUCCAAGGCAUAUUUUUAUUUUAAGUUGCCAUACUGUCAAGAUAUUUUAGAAAUACAUCAGACACAGGCUUGGGAUGCCUUUGAUUUACACACACAUACACCUGCAAGUUCAUAUAUGUAUCCAUCAUCUAUAGACAUGAUGCCUUUAAUAGCCUCUCUCUCUCUCUCUCCCUCUCUCUCUCUCUCUAUCUCUCUCUCUCUCUCUCCAUCUCUCUCUCUCUCCCUCUCUCUCUCACUCUCUCUCUCUCUCUCUCUCUCUCACACACACACACACACACACACACACACACACACACACACACACACACAUUCUCAGACUCAUUCUCACAUACAAUCAUUAAACACUGGCCUUGGAUGCCUUUGAUCCUCACACACACACACACACACACACACACACACACACACACACACAUACACACAGACACACACAA